CCCCCUCUCCGGAGCCAGCAGCAGCACAGGAGCUGCCGUACCUCGUCUUUCACGGAGGAGAUCCCGAAAGCCGGAGUAAUAGCUAAACCCCAUACAGCCAUGGCAGAAAACGCCGGCUUGGAAAACCACCGCAUCAAGAGCUUUAAAAACAAGGGACGAGAUGUUGAGACUAUGAGAAGACAUCGAAAUGAGGUGACGGUCGAGUUGAGAAAGAACAAACGAGACGAACAUCUACUGAAGAAGAGAAAUGUCCCGCAGGAGGAGAGUCUGGAGGACUCUGAUGUCGACUCAGACUUCAAAGGACAAAAUGUUACGCUUGAUGCCAUCCUACAGAACGCUACCAGUGAUAAUGCUGUUAUCCAGCUCAGUGCUGUACAGGCAGCCAGAAAACUGCUCUCAAGUGACAGAAACCCCCCCAUCGACGACUUGAUAAAGUCUGGCAUCCUGCCCAUUUUAGUCAAAUGCCUGGAACGGGACGACAACCCCUCUCUUCAGUUUGAGGCAGCUUGGGCUCUGACCAACAUCGCCUCUGGGACAUCAGCACAGACUCAGGCUGUGGUUAAAUCAAAUGCAGUGCCCCUGUUCCUGCGACUGCUGCACUCUCCCCAUCAGAACGUUUGUGAACAGGCUGUAUGGGCUUUGGGAAACAUUAUAGGUGAUGGUCCACAGUGCAGGGACUAUGUCAUCUCCCUGGGCGUGGUCAAGCCUCUGCUGUCUUUCAUUAACCCAUCGAUCCCCAUCACCUUCCUCCGUAACGUCACCUGGGUCAUUGUCAACCUCUGCCGCAACAAGGAUCCCCCGCCGCCAAUGGAGACCGUGCAGGAGAUAUUGCCAGCCCUCUGUGUGCUAAUAUAUCACACCGAUAUAAAUAUCCUAGUAGACACCGUGUGGGCUCUGUCCUACCUGACAGACGGCGGCAAUGAACAGAUUCAAAUGGUUAUUGAUUCUGGAGUCGUUCCAUUUCUUGUGCCUCUCCUCAGCCAUCAGGAGGUCAAAGUCCAGACGGCAGCUCUGAGGGCAGUGGGUAACAUCGUGACAGGGACAGACGAGCAGACACAGGUCGUGCUCAACUGUGACGUCCUCUCGCACUUCCCCAACCUGCUCACACACCCUAAAGAAAAGAUCAACAAGGAAGCAGUCUGGUUCCUGUCCAACAUCACAGCUGGAAACCAACAGCAGGUCCAAGCUGUGAUCGACGCUGGACUCAUUCCUAUGAUUAUUCACCAACUGGCUAAGGGCGACUUUGGCACUCAGAAGGAGGCAGCCUGGGCCAUCAGCAACCUCACCAUCAGUGGGAGAAAAGACCAGGUGGAGUUCCUGGUGGAGCAGAAUGUCAUCCCUCCAUUCUGUAACCUGCUGUCAGUGAAGGACUCACAGGUGGUGCAGGUCGUCCUGGACGGUCUGAAGAAUAUCCUUAUUAUGGCGGGAGAUGAAGCCAGCACCAUUGCUGAGAUCAUAGAGGAGUGUGGAGGUUUGGAGAAGAUUGAAAACCUGCAGCAGCAUGAGAAUGAGGACAUCUACAAACUAGCCUUUGAGAUUAUUGAUCAGUACUUUUCAGGAGAUGAUAUUGAUGAAGAUCCCAGUUUGAUCCCCGACACCACUCAAGGAGGGACAUUCAACUUUGAUCCAGCUUCCAACAUGCAAACAAAGGAGUUUAAUUUCUAAAAAAAAUAAAAAAGCCAGGAUGUUUGCUUCAACCAGCUGCACGGGUACUCUGUAAUCACCCCAGACAUUCAUCCAUCUCUCCUCCAACCUGGCAACCUGGUACCGAAGGAUUUACAAAAAACAUCACUUCAACAAAGAAACUCACCACUGAAGGAUUUACCCACCCCCACCUCUGCACUGUGGGGGGUUUUUUCAUUUGUUUGGUUUUUUUUUUUCUCUCCAUCCUUCACCGAAAAACCUACAUAGGAGUCCUGGUCAUCCAACAGGCACCGUCACCAUCUGACAACCUGUAUCCGGAGGGUUGUCAGCACUCUGCCAGUGCUUCAAAUAUCACACAAAAAUACAAAGCAGAAGGAAGAAAAAGCCUUCGUGGCAAGAUGUUUUUGCCAAAUGUCAAAUCUUCAUAAAGACAAAAAACACAAGCACACUUCAGACACAAACACCGACACACGUUUUGACACUUAGAAUUUGUGUGCAUACUUCAGUUAGAAGUCAUCAUAUCACUUAUGGGGAAGAAAUACUGCUGUUCGUUUGUGGUUUAUUUUUGUGCUUUCCCUCCCCUGGAUUGUCCUCUGGUGUUAACUUCACCGCCACGCACGCACACUGAUAUACACACAUCGACACACUUUAGUGGCACAGAUUCCUGAUGGUCGGGCACCCCCCGGUAACCCUCUCCCACCCAGUUUAAAGAGUUAAUCCCAGAGCUAAGCCAUGAUUAACCACGGACCCCCGCUGCCCUCCCAGGACAGUCCUGGGGCAGGUGGAGGGGCGAAAGGGCUCUAAGGCGAAAAAGAGGACUCCGUGGCAAACUGACUGACGGGACUUCUGACUCGAUGACGUCACUUUUUUAACGUGACCUCGGUUGAAUUAUCAAACUUGUUAAAAGGAAAAAAAAAAUCAAAAAUGUGAAGAAAAUGCCAUAUUUUUUUUCAAUUCAUGCAACUGUAAGAGCUGCUUCUGAUUCAGCUGAGCAACCUUUUUUUUCCUCUUUUUUUUAAUGGAUGUGAUUACCUGUAACGGGAGGAAGCACCUAAAGGUGAAGGCGCAGAGACUUUGUAGAAGAGGAAAAUGUCAGCUGUAGCGUUGUUUCCCCCCGACAGGACAUCCAUUUCUUCAGCAUGAGCUCGGUCACGCCAGUGAUCCACUGACGCGUCUGCUCUGGACUCCCCUGUAAUGUGAAACUUGGAAAAAGGAGGGGGGGGUUUGUUAGAUUUAAAAAAAGAAAAGAAAAACAUGUCGAGUUAAAAUCGACCCGAAUCAUUUAAAAAAAAAGUUUUAAUUAUUUUAAAUUCA